UUUCAGUCUGUUCCCUCCACUGUAAUAACUGAACCUCUCCCUCUACGUAAUCCUACGUUAAUUUCGGCAGUAGAAAGUUUUUGGGCGAAACGUAGCCCUGUCUGUGUGGAAUGGAUGUAUGUUAAUCGGCCUUUGGAAGAAAAUAACUUGACAUUUUGGCUUGAUAAAUGGAUUUUAACAAAGCUUUGUGGCGCUGUAGAAUUGUAUAGCCCAUUGAAGUGCAGAAGCGUUUGUUCCAACUUUCGUUUUUAACUUGUGGCGUUCUGAUUUUUCUCGGACCAAAAGAGACAUUGGGGGAGAACCGUAUUUACCGGUGACAGUUUUCAAGGGAAAGGGAAAACAAGCGGAUUUUAUGCUAAAGAAAAGCAGAAACUCCCCAGGAGAAAUGAGAGUGUAAUUUUGACCUUUGUGUAUGUCGAGCAAUACUUUUUAAGGCAUUUGUUAACCUCGUUACACAUAAGUGUAAGAAGAACAUUGGAAAGUGUACUGGUUUUGUAAAAGGUCGUAGUUUCUGAUAAUUCACCAAAAACUUUGAAAAACAUUAUGGCGAAGAAGUACGACUUCCUUUUCAAAUUAUUACUCAUCGGAGAUAGUGGAGUGGGGAAAACAUGUCUGAUUAUUAGAUUUGCUGAGGACAACUUCAACUCAACCUACAUAUCAACUAUCGGCAUCGACUUUAAAGUAAAGACGAUAGACGUGGAGGGAAAGAAAGUCAAACUGCAAGUCUGGGACACAGCAGGGCAAGAGAGGUUUAAGACCAUCACUACAGCCUACUACAGAGGAGCUAUGGGCAUCAUCCUGGUGUAUGACAUCACAGACGAGAAGUCCUACGAGAACAUUCAGAACUGGAUGAAGAGCAUCAAGGAGAAUGCAUCAGCGGGGGUCAGCCGGAUGUUGCUAGCUAACAAGUGUGACAUUGAGGCCAAGAGGAAGGUAUCCAAGGAAACGGGGGAAAAGCUGGCAAAGGAUCAUGGGAUCAGAUUCUUUGAGACCAGUGCAAAGGCCAGCAUCAAUGUUGAUGAGUCUUUUAUGGCUUUGGCUCGAGAUAUUCUACUGAAGUCCAGCAAGAAGCCGGGCCCCACAGGUCGCGAGGUCAAAAUCACCAACGCUGAGAAGAAAUCCUCCAAAUGUCUCCUACUGUAGAGGCAGAGCUGGCCUGUCCUGGCUGACUCUUCGUUGCCCGAGGGAACAAUCACAUAUAGGAACAAUAUUAUUGCAAAGGAAAGGGUUUCAAAGGCGCAAUCCACAAGUUCUCUGUCCCCUGUGGCAACAAGAUCAAUUUCAAACACUAUUGACUUGAAAAAAUAUAAAUGUUUUCAUUUACUUCCCCCUCCCCUUUAAAAAGUGCUUACUACACUUUUUUUUUUGACCAGAAAGCAAACUUCUGGAUUGCACUUUUAAUGACCAUGUAACUAUGUUGAGGUGGUCCAAGGGCAUUUUACAGAGGAAUAUCCAGUGGUUUGUUUAAACAAUAGGAUGAACACCACUUUGAUUUCACCCAAAACAUGUUUUGUAUCAACUGUCUUCAAUCUCCUGUAAUUGCUUGGUUGUCUUGGUGACUGACUGAUUGACAUGGUAUGUUUACACUCCACCAGAGCCAUACAGAGUUAAGGAAAAUAUCUUCCAUGUUGGCUCCACAUGUUCCAUGAGACAACAUUCCAAAAUUAAUUCCUUCUACAAUGAUCUGUUGAACUAGAUUUUUUGGAACCAACAUGGUGGUCGAUCAAAUUCUAAAUCCCAAACUGAGUUUGCUGAACUCUGUAAUCCCAUGGCUCUGGACUUCACACUGUAGAGUAGGGGUGCACAGCUCCUUAAUGGAACAAGAGUCUGCUGUGUUAUUAUUUUUCCUUGAUUAACCAGGAACAUUAACAAGUGACCUUUCAGUCAAACUGCCAAUCACAUUCUUGCUUUUUGAUUGAACAGUUGAUGUACCAGUAGAUUGUCUCGAGAGUGUAAUCACUGGGCUCCUCGGAUGGAAAUGAGUUCCUGAUGGAGAGACGAGGUCAAAAAGCAGCAGGUAGUACUGUAACAUUAAAGGUAACUACUACCAUAAUGGGGACCCUAGAGGACCUGAGUUGUGCACCGCUGCGAUAGAAUCACUUUUCAGUGUCAUAGCCAAAGAAUGUAAAUUAGGACAAUACACAGACAUUCCCUUCCAUUCGUUUUAUUUCUAUGUUCAUAGCAGCUCAUAGUGUUUAGGAGGAGCACAGGGGGCAUUCUAGAGCGUGACGGGAGUUUAGAUCUAUAUGCUGUAACUAUGGUGAUGGUACCUUAUGCUCUUAAAGGGAUAGUUCACCCUGAAUUGUAAUUUUGCCUGUGUUUUCCACCCUACGUAAAGAUGGGUGAUCUGGGUUGUGCUUGUUGUAAACUAUUCUUCUACUACAUAAAGUGUGGUACAUGGAUGGACUGAGGAUGUGGAAGAGGGAGACAGGGAAGUGCAAUAUGAGAGGAGUGAUGAGAGAAUGAGAUGGAUAGAUGAAGCAAGGGAACAAAAACAGAUGAGUAAAGCAAGUGUCAUAGAGACAGGGAUGGAAUGAUGCUGAUGAGAGUUGGACAUGGAGGGAUGAGAUGUUCUCUUUUGCUGAUAGACAUACUGACCCUUUCUGAUCUGAUACACAUACUGACCCUUUCUGAUCUGAUACACAUACUGACCCUUUCUGAUCUGAUACACAUACUGACCCUUUCUGAUCUGAUACACAUACUGACCCUUUCUGAUCUGAUACACAAACUGACCCUUUCUGAUCUGAUCCACAAACUGACCCUUUCUGAUCUGAUACACAUACUGACCCUUUCUGAUCUGAUACACAUACUGACCCUUUCUGAUCUGAUACACAUACUGACCCUUUCUGAUCUGAUACACAUACUGACCCUUUCUGAUCUGAUACACAUACUGACCCUUUCUGAUCUGAUACACAUACUGACCCUUUCUGAUCUGAUACACAUACUGACCCUUUCUGAUCUGAUACACAUACUGACCCUUUCUGAUCUGAUACACAUACUGACCCUUUCUGAUCUGAUACACAUACUGACCCUUUCUGAUCUGAUACACAUACUGACCCUUUCUGAUCUGAUACACAUACUGACCCUUUCUGAUCUGAUACACAUACUGACCCUUUCUGAUCUGAUACACAUACUGACCCUUUCUGAUCUGAUACACAUACUGACCCUUUGUCUCAUGCACCUGUUCAACAGCUUUGUUAAAAAAGAAACACCCUUCCUUCCUCUUUCAGACAGACCAGGGCCCUGGUCCAAUGCACCCCUGGAGGUAAUCACUGAUGUACUACUGGAUAGAUUUGCAAAUAUAUCUCUCCAUAUAUCAUUUACUGUACUGUGAUUGGACAAGACUUCCACCUCGAUACUCUCACCAAUCCAAACGUGCCAGAUCAGUGAUUACUCUGAAGGAAGGAAUGAUGUCUCUUCCCAUGCCAGACACUACAUAAUCAUUACUGUGCCAGCAAGCUUCUCUGUCUAUGGGUUCAUUUCAAUUCUCUAAAGUGGCUUCCACUGGGAAGAAGACAAGGGGAAGAAGCUACUCCAGACUAUUGAGAUGAUGCACCCUGUGUGUUUUUACUCUGAUAUCUCACUGUCCCCUCCCUCACCUUUCCUCUUUUCCUUCACACACAUGUUCACCCACCAUUCCUUAUCUGAUCAAUUAUCUUAUGACCAAUGUAUACCAGUUUACAUACGCUCUGCUUAGCCUAUUCAAUAAAAGACUGUCAAAAAGAA